GGAAGCGUGGGGGGCGGCGGCGCUGGCCGGCGCCGGGCGGGCCGGGGCGGGAGGAGCAGGGCGGGGGCCGCGCCGUCCACCCCGAGUGCGCAGCGAGCGCGCGGCUGCGGCUGCCGGUCUGCGGCGGGGUCCUCCCCGGGCCUGGCCUCCGGCCGCGGGUCCGUGCAAGCCUCGCGAGCCCCCGGCUCUUCCCGGCCCUCCACCCCUUCGGCCUCUGGACGCGGGGCCGCUGCCCUCGGGGCGGCCUCCCGGCGCCACACCGAGCCAGCUGCGUCCCCGGGCCGGCCGCGCCUGCCGCUGUGCGCCCGGGCUCAGGUUUCCCAGGGCCUGCGGCUCGUUCUUGUCCUGGGGUGCCCUCGCGGCGGGAGUCAUGGACGUAGACGCGGAGAGAGAGAAGAUAGCAAAGGAGAUCGCGGAGCUUGAGAGGAUUUUGGAUCCCACGUCCUCGGGCAUCGCAGUGGGGGUCUCGGAGUCCGGUCUCACGUUGGAUUCUGACGCAGAUUCACUGCCAGAGGAGGACUCAGAGGCUGCUGCUUCCCCAGGCUCGGAAGAGGAGAGGUGGGGUGAGGCCAGCAAUGGUGAGGAUGACCCCAAGGAAAAGACCCUUCCUGAAGACCCAGAGACCUGCCUGCAGUUGAACAUGGUCUACCAGGAGGUCAUCCAGGAGAGGCUGGUAGAGGUCAGCCUCCUACUGGCCCAGAACCAGGAGCAGCAGGAGGAGAUCAUGUGUGAUCUGGCAGGAUCCAAAGCCUCCAAGGUGAAGGACGGCAAGAGCCUGCCUCCGAAUCUGUACAUAGGGCACUUCAUGAAGCCCUACUUCAAGGACAGGGUGACAGGAGUGGGGCCUCCUGCCAAUGAAGAGACGCGGGAGAAGGCUUCCCAGGGCAUCAAGGCUUUCGAGGAGCUCCUGGUGACUAAGUGGAAAAACUGGGAAAAGGCCUUGCUCCGAAGAUCAGUGGUGAGCGACCGCUUGCAGCGCCUGCUUCAGCCCAAGUUACUGAAGCUUGAGUACUUGCACCAGAAACGGAGUAGGGUGACGAGCGAGGCAGAGAGGCAGGUCCUGGAGAAGCAGAGCAGGGAGGCGGAGAGGGAAGUCCAGGACAUUCGGCAACUCCCAGAGGAGGCCUUGCUGGGGAACAGGCUGGACAGCCACGACUGGGAGAAGAUUUCUAACGUUAACUUUGAGGGUGGCCGCAGUGCGGAGGAGAUCCGGAAGUUCUGGCAGAACUGCGAGCACCCGAGCAUCAACAAGCAGGAGUGGAGCGGGCAGGAGGUAGACCAGCUGAAGGCCCUUGCAGCCAAGCAUGGCCAUCUGCAGUGGCAGAAGAUUGCCAAGGAGCUGGGGACCAACCGCAGCGCCUUCCAGUGCCUGCAGAAGUACCAGCAGCACAACAAGGCUCUGAAGCGCAAGGAGUGGACGCGGGAGGAGGACCGCCUGCUCACCCAGCUCGUCCAGGAGAUGCGCGUCGGCAGCCACAUCCCUUACCGGAGAAUUGUCUACUACAUGGAAGGGAGAGACUCCAUGCAGCUCAUCUAUCGGUGGACCAAGAGCUUGGACCCCAGCCUGAAGAAGGGGUUCUGGGCCCCAGAGGAAGACGCGAAGUUGCUUCGAGCAGUUGCCAAAUACGGGGAGCAGGAUUGGUUUAAAAUCCGGGAAGAGGUGCCAGGUAGGAGCGAUGCCCAGUGCCGAGAUCGGUACCUCAGACGACUGCACUUCAGCUUGAAAAAGGGACGAUGGAACGCAAGUGAGGAGGGGAAGCUGCUUGAGCUGAUCGAGAAGUACGGUGUUGGUCACUGGGCAAAAAUAGCUUCUGAACUACCCCAUCGGACGGGCUCCCAGUGUCUGAGCAAGUGGAAGAUCAUGGUCAGGAAGAAGCAGAGUCGGGGGAGGAGGCGGCGGCGGCCCCUUGGCAGCGUGCGGUGGAGCUCCAGCAGCGGGGACAGCAGCAGCGGGGACAGCAGCAGCGAGGACGGCAGCAGCGGGGACAGCGAGGACUCGGAGCCAGAGGAAGCCCCAGAGGCCGGGGCAGGUGGCCAGGCGCUGCCGUCCGCACAGCACACUGUGCCGGACAUGGACCUGUGGGUGCCUGCCAGGCAGAGCGCCAGUGAGCCGUGCGGAGGGGGAGCCCGGGGCUGGCCAGGACGCCGUGCCGCCCCCCCCAGCCCUCCCAGGGCCUCCAGCGAGCCUCAGGCCAGCAGAGCUGCUUGCCCCACAGCCUCGGGUCCCGCAGAGGAGGCGGGCCAGGCACACACUCCCUCCGGGACCCACGGCACCAGCGUGAGCGGCAUCAGGCACCCAGGCUCGGCGGACACGCGCCUCUCGAGCCCAGAGGAGCCGGCAGACGAGGUAGGCCCCAGACCCCAGUGCACCCCACGUGGCUGCUCGGGGGUCACCCAGCUGGUGCUGGGGCACAGCAGGCCGGCCUGCGCUCGCAUCAGCUGCGUUCCUGGCUGCGGCGGGGCAGACGCCCGUCCUGGCUCCAGAGAACAUUGGCUUCUGGUCCUCAGCAGACUCGUGUCCAGGGCAGCAGCCUCUGCUUCCCCAGGGUCCCACUGUCCCCUGGCCCUGUGUAUGCCUGUCCCAGUCAGCGUCCGAGGUGUCCGGGCCCUGGCCGCCUCCCUGGCUCUGGCCAUGUGCGGAGUUGCGAGUGGGAGUCAUCUGCUGAAGGUGCCACUGGAGAGCGUGCUGCAGGUGCUCAGGACCAACACAGCCCGCUGGCGCCAGGCUCUGAAGGAGAAACUGAGGCAGCCGUGCCCGCUCAGCCCGUCCCUGGGGGCCAGCCCCAGUGACAGCGGUGUGGCCGGGCCCCAUGUACGGCGGCUGUGGCACAGGACGGUCGGGAACAGGCGGCGGUGGCGGGGACACGCCCUGCAGAGGAGGCUCGUUGAGCGCCAGCUUCUGGUGGCCAUGAGCCCGUGGGUGGGCGACGUUGUCUUGCCCUGCACCCGCCGGAGGCCUGCCGCCAUGCACACCCGAGCCGAUGGCAUCGGGAAGCAGCUGCGAGACGCCCAGCUGGCCAGCACUCCCGCGUUCACCAUCUUUAUCCAGCUGUUCCAGAUUGACACUGCUGGGUGCAUGGAGGUCGUUCGAGAGAGGAAGGCCCAGACCCCUGCCCUGCUCCAGGCUGGCACUCGGGACCCAGUGCCUGGGCUCCUACAGGUGGAGAAGAGCAGGUCUGGGCCCUGGGACUUCCCUGAGACGCACACUCUUGUUUUUCAGAUGUCUUCGUCGCAGAACCCUGCAGGCCGCAGCUCCGGGAAUCCGCCAGCGCGAGAAGCUGCAAAGCAGAGCACCGGCCACAAAGGGAGCAGGGGUUUACAGCCCUGCCAUGCCGAGUCCAGCCCACCAGCGCCCCCGCCCGCUCCGUGUGGCCCCCGGCCCAAGCCCAAGACCGUCUCCGAGCUGCUGCGGGAGAAGCGGCUUCGGGAGGCCCGGGCCAGGAAGGCCGCCGCCCCAGGCGCCGUGGCUCUCCCACCACAGCUGCUGCUGUCCUCGCCACUGGUCCUCCAGCCCCGUCUACCGCAGGCCCCCCCCACCCCCGAGGCCCCGGGCCCGGCUGCCACAGACACGGCGCUCUCUGGGCCUGGGAUCCCUGCAGCAGUGGGGCUGAGUACUUCAGGCAAGAACGAGAGACCCUCCACCCUGCCAGUCUUGGACCGCACCCUGGCCUCCACAGAGGCUGCCCCUGCUGCCUCCAGAGCUCCAGUUCCCAGCCGGGUCCUUGUGAGUGGCCAUCAGGGUGGCCUGGGACAGUCUCAGGCCCCAGCCGCGUCCCGGAAGCAGGGCCUGCCUGAGGCACCACUCUUUCUCCCGGCAGCCCCCAGCCCCAUUCAGCUGCCUCUCCAGCCCCUCAGCCUGCCACCAGCUCUGGGCACCCUCAAGGGUGGGCCUCACGUGGCGGCCAGCACGCCUCUGCCUGUCACCUGGGUGCUCACAGCCCAGGGGCUGCUCCCGGUGCCAGCCGUGGUGGGCCUUCCUGGGGCGGCAGGGACCUCUGGUCCCAAGGGACUGUCUGUCACUCUGCCGUCCUCCCUGCCUGGGAUGCAGGUAGGCCAGGGCCCCAGGCCCCCUGGGCUGAGCCACCCCUGGCAGCCCCCGGCCAACGUGGACACAGACUCAGAUUCUCUCUCCAGGACAGACCUCUCGACCCUUCCGAUGCCUUGCCAAUCCCAAAGUUCUGUGGAAGUGGGCAGUGACGUGGCCCGUGCCCCUGGGGGACCUUUCCCCGGAGAGGCCCAAGUGGCCAGGGAAAUAGCUGUGCCCAGGAUACCCUCCCAGGCCACACUUCUGGCUGACCAUCCUGAGGCAAAACCCCCGUGGUCCAGCCAGCCCCCUCUGCAAGCUGGCACUAGCCCUGGGAGUGGCCCAGGAGGGACACUGGGGUACCUGGGCCCAGGGGGACUCACGGGACCUCUGGGCCUAGAGAGGCCACCCCCACCCCGGCCUGGGCCUGAGAGGGGUGCCUUGGACCUGGACCUCCUGUCCCAGGAGAGUGAGGCAGCCGUGCGGGAUUGGCUGAGGGGACAGCAGGGGGUGUGCGUGCCCCCGCUAGGGAGCAGGCUGCCCUACCAGCCCCCAGCCUUGUGCAGCCUGCGGGCCCUGUCUGGACUCUUGCUGCACAAGAAGGCCUUGGAGCGGAGAGCCACCUCCCUCGUGCCCAGUGGGGCAGCCGGAGGCCUGCAGGCCUCGCUGGGACAGGUGCAGAGGCAGCUCCAGGACAGCCCGGCCUACCUGCUGCUGAAGGCGCGGUUCCUGGCAGCCUUCACCCUCCCCGCACUCCUGGCCACCCUGUCUCCCCACGGCGUCCCCACCACCCUGUCGGUGGCCACGAGGGCCGAGCCGGAGAGCGAGGAUGACCUGGGGGAGUUGGAGCUCACUGAUGGCUGCUCCCCAAGUGGUCCUCGGGCGGGGCCGGCAGCCACCAUCCCCAUUCAGGGAGCCCCAGACCCUGGGCAGGGUUCUGACUCUUCCUGCCUGGAUGGUCCUGACAACCUUGAUGUGCUGAAAACCAGGCACGCCUGGCACGCCCGGAAGAGGAGGCGGCUGGUGUGAGCGCAGGGAGGCAGGAGCCGUGCUGGACCCUGGUGAGCCCACCUGCCCGGAGAGCCCCUCACCGACCCUUCCGGAGAAAGCCAAAGCAGCUGGAGAUUGGGGAGGCUCCGCUAGCAGGGACCGUGAGGCCAGAGGGGCUUGGCUGGUCCUCAGGCACAAAUUGGGAUGUUUGAAGGAAUAAAGGAAUGGCUUAUUUUUUUUAUUAAAAA